CCGCAUUUACAAUGUGUUCUUGAACACCGCAUCUCAUUAAGCCCCUGACCCUUAUUUUGAAAAUUCAGCGCACACAGAGGGGAAGUCCGAACAACAUCUGCAGCAUCCGGCCGUUUUCCCUGAGCAGGUGAGCCGUUCUUCGGCUGCGAAAACGGUUUAGUCGUCCCCAGAACGCCGGAGGUCUCUGGAUCUCACCCUCCCGGCCUUACGGAGCUGCUGCUGCUGAGAUUUGCGCUCGUUUCCCGGCCAGAAUGAGCAGCUUGAAGGGGUUCCAGUCCCAGCUGUCGUCCAUCAUGGAGGCGCUGACCCGAGCCGCGGUGGCGGAGAUCUGCGGGCUGGUGGAUGACGGCUACGCCGUCCUGCAGCUGGAGAUCUCCCGCAGCCGCAAGGAGAACGAGGCGCUGCGGACGAAGCUGGAGCUCAUCGAGUCCAUCAUCGCUCGGGGCAGCCGCCGGAGGGACGGCGGGCCGGAGGAGGCUGCAGCCGGUGAGUUCAGCGGAACCGAACAGGUGAAGGUUCAUCUACCGGUUCUGCUUUUAUUAUUAUUAUUAUUAUUGGUUGCGAAUAAUGGAAUCAGAGCUUCAUGUUUCCACCAAACUCCAUCCGAAAACUGCAAUAAAGCGGUUUCGGCUCUACUGGGAACAAAGUUAGGAUGCAAUUCUCAGCAGGAAGAGUUUACUUUUAGUCACUUUUUAAUUCGGUAUAUUAAUAAAACCGGGAACUACCAAACAUCCCUGCGUUACUACAGUUAUAGAAGAAGUAUUUAUGAAACCUUUCGCUCUGAUCCGUGUUCAGGAACGGAGGCAGAACCGAGCCUCCCUGUGGGGCAGGAGGGCCCAUCCGGGAGGAAGAUCUCCGACAUGCGGUGUUGGGACCAGAGCAGCUCCUGCAGCGGGCGGCCGUCCCCGGGCCCGUCCGGCGCCGCCGAGGGCAGCUCUGCGGACUUUGACCUGGCCUCAGAGUCGGACAGCGGCGCUCUAUCUGCAGCGGACAUCAGGACCGGCUUCCUGCUGGGGUCUGGAGACGGACCGGCCGCUCUGCCCGGACUGUCGGACCUGAAGCGGGGCUCGGCUCUGGUCGGGUCCGUCCCCUGCGAUGUGGAUCUGGACCCCGGCGCCUCCUGGAGCAGCCAGGCUGUACCCGGCAUGGUGCCGGUGCCGCACCGCUCCAUGCUGCUGGCGCUUGGCGGCUCCAGGCUCGACCCGCUGGAGCUCAGCCGGUUCUGUAGGGACCAGCGAUUUGCCUGUAACUACUGUGGAAAAUGCUUCACAUCAUCGCGCAGCCUGGAGACGCACGUGCGCGUUCACACGGGCGAGAGGCCGUACAGCUGCGCGCAGUGCGGGAAGCGCUUCACGCAGUCGGGCCACCUGAAGACGCACCAGAGCGUCCACACGGGGGAGCGACCCUUCUCCUGCGAGCACUGCGGGAAACGCUUCGCGGCCAAGCAGAACCUGCGGAUCCAUCAGCAGAAACAUCACAUGGUGCCGCUUUGACUGGGCCAGAACCGAACCCCGACCCGCUGACGGGGCCGGCCCAGGCCUUUUGCGACCCAAAGCAGAUUUUCACAUGGGGCCCCCCAUACUAACAACUGAUUCUUCAUUCUUGAGCUGCUCUGUGUGUAACGUACCCACUAUCAUUAGCAACAUUUGAAACUAGCUUACCAGUGUCAUUUUGGCUGCUGAUUUUAACAUUACAGGAGUAAUAAGCUUAAAAUAAUUUGGAUUUUAAAUGCUGAGUGGUAUUUAAGUGUGCCAUAUUGUUUUAAGCAUUUGAAAGUAGCAUCAGCUGAUAAACACUAAAUUUACAGGUUUAAACACAAUUAUUCACAGUAAGGGUGUGCUCCAAUUACAGGGGGGUCACACUCUU